CGUGUCAAUGAUUGUGAGUUGUUGGUGAACUGUGAAGUGUGUGGCAGUAGCCGCUAGGGUUGGUGGUGGUAGUGUGUAUAGUACAAAUAUAAGAACUGUGGGUUGAUCAGUAAAAGCAAUUCAUUUUGAUCCAGCCAAGAUGGGGAAGAACAAAGUUAGCCCAGUUAAAUACUUCGUUUGUGGUGGUUUUGGUGGCGUAUGUACUGUUGUAGUCGGCCACCCUCUGGAUACUAUAAAGGUCAGGCUACAGACAAUGCCAAAAACCUUACCUGGUGAGAAACCUCUCUACACCGGAACAUGGGACUGCUUCAGGAAGACUGUAUCACGGGAAGGUGUUAGAGGGCUGUACAAGGGUAUGGCUGCACCUAUAACAGGUGUAGCACCAAUAUUUGCAUUGAGUUUCUUUGGAUAUGGACUUGGUAAACGCUUGCAACAGACAACACCUAAUCAAGAGCUGAACAUGACUCAACUUUUCGUCGCAGGUGCAUUUUCUGGUAUCUUCACAACUUCUAUUAUGGCUCCAGGAGAGAGAAUAAAGUGCUUGUUACAGGUACAACAAGGUGGCACUGCUCCUAUGAAGUACAAAGGCCCUGUAGAUGUAGUGAAGCAGUUAUAUAAGGAAGGUGGCAUUCGCAGCAUAUACAAAGGAACAGUGGCAACACUUCUCAGAGAUGUACCUGCAAGUGGAAUGUAUUUUAUGACAUAUGAUGGCCUUCAGAGAGUGCUAAGCACCAAUGAAAUUGGCAUUUUGGGAACAAUAUUUGCAGGUGGCUCUGCCGGUAUUGCUAACUGGUUAGUUGGAAUGCCGGCUGAUGUACUGAAAAGUAGACUGCAGACUGCUCCAGAAGGAACGUAUCCAAAUGGUAUCCGUGAUGUCUUCAGAACACUGAUGAAAGAAGAAGGGCCCACAGCAUUAUACCGAGGAGUUACACCUGUUAUGUUGAGAGCAUUUCCAGCAAAUGCAGCAUGUUUUAUUGGUUUUGAAGCAUGCAUGAAGUUUCUUGACUGGCUUGCACCAUCCUUAUAAUAGGGUUGAUGCUAGAAAUUUUUGAAUGUGCUCAUAGUUAUUUUUCUUACAUGAACACCUCUUUUAAAAAAUAUGUUAAUCAUAAAAAUUUUACUUGCCUUAGUUUUUACAAUUUAGUGUAUUAUCUAUUUUUUGGAAGAUUGUUGUAAUAAUGAUAAAAAAUUUCUAUUUUGUAACGGUUUCUGUUUAUCGAGGUGUAUUUUGUAAAUUACUGGUUACAGAAAAGAUGAUGAUGUUUAUAUAACUAUUUUUAUCAUUGAAUUGUUGAUUUUUGUUUGCAUGUGACAUAUUUUAUAGAAAACUGGAAUAAACAGUAUUUUGUUAUGCAAUUA